GCCAGCGGGGAGGGUUUAAAUGGCACCCAGCAGUUGGCGUGAGGGGCUGCAGGAGCUUGGGGGCUGGUGGCAGGAACCGGUCUCUUCCGACCCCAUGGAGCUCUAUGAGACGUCUCCCUACUUCUACCAGGAGCCCCGCUUCUACGACGGGGAGAACUACCUGCCCGUCCACCUCCAGGGCUUCGAGCCGCCGGGCUACGAGCGGACUGAGCUCAGCCUGAGCCCGGAGGCCCGGGGGCCCCUGGAAGACAAGGGGCUGGGGACCCCCGAGCACUGCCCGGGCCAAUGCCUGCCGUGGGCGUGCAAGGUGUGUAAGAGGAAGUCAGUGUCCGUGGACCGGAGGCGGGCAGCCACGCUCAGGGAGAAGCGCAGGCUCAAGAAAGUGAACGAGGCCUUCGAGGCCCUGAAGAGGAGCACCCUGCUCAACCCCAACCAGCGGCUGCCCAAGGUGGAGAUCCUGCGCAGCGCCAUCCAGUACAUCGAGCGCCUGCAGGCGCUGCUCAGCUCGCUCAACCAGGAGGAGCGAGACCUGCGCUACCGGGGCGGCGCCGGGCCCCAGCCAGGGGUGCCCAGCGAAUGCAGCUCCCACAGCGCCUCCUGCAGCCCGGAGUGGGGCAACGCGCUGGAGUUCGGUCCCAACCCAGGAGACCAUAUGCUUGCAGCCGACCCUACAGACGCCCACAACCUGCACUCCCUCACCUCCAUCGUGGACAGCAUCGCCGUGGAGGACGUGUCUGUGGCCUUCCCCGAUGAAACCAUGCCCAACUGAGACGCUCUGCCGGGCCGGGUGUCGGCGCCAGCCCCCCAGCUGGACGCAGACGCCAGCGCUUCUGCAGCAGGGGCCUCCUGAGCCAGGCUGUCCUGAUGCCAGGGAGCCAGUCCUGGGCUUGCCGCCGGCAGGCCACCCCUCCGCAUCCCCGUAAGGCUCACGCGCCGCCCAGCAAGGGAAGGGAGGUCCUCCUCUAGCUGAGUCCUUGGGGCCCAGGAUGUCCCCUUUCCAGGGAGACAAAGCAGGGGACCAGAGCGCCCCCUUGUGUAUGCCCCCAGCUCAGGGGCAAACUCAGGAGCCUCCUUUUAUCAACACACAGCCUCUAAUUCCACCCCACCCCACCCACCCCGACCAGCCACGCUGCCUCCUGUUCCGGUCUCUUCCUGCCGCCAGUGGCUGGGCUGGGCCCGCCCUGAGCUGCGGGAGCAGCGGGGAGGUUCAACCCUCUGCCCCCAGGUCCCCGGGGCCGAGCUCUGGCGGUGAAGACGGGAACGCCCCAGUGGUUUUAUGUUUUCUGUUGUGUUGCGUGUGUUGUUGUAAAGCUGCCAUCCGACCAAGGCCUCCUGGGCUGACAUGAAGCUGCCGGGCACAGGCGGGGUCGGGCACGCGGCUCUUGGGUGAUUUUGUUUGUGAACUAAGCAGUGUGUGGUUUUGCUGUUGUUUUGUAUUUUUCUUUUUUUCUUUCUCUUUUUGCUAACUUAUUUUGGAUUUCCUUUUUUAAAAAAUGAAAUAAAGACUGGUUGCUAGAAA